AUGUAUCGUCCAAACUCGCCUUGGACUUGGGCCUUUGCCACUAUUGCCUUUGUGCAAGCUGUCACUGCACUGGCAUUCGAGGGCUACGUCUUCGCCAAAUUUCAACUUGACGUCAAAUCCAAUGCCAAAAACACGAGCGAGGCGCGAACGAUUACGACUUACCUCACUCUUUUCAUCUUUGGCUUUGUCUAUCAGCUCAUUCUCGUCUGGGACGCCCUCCGCCUUCGCAACACGAUUCAAGUCAUCGGACUUUGCGUCUAUAAUGUCGGCCUUCUCAUCUAUGCUGCGGUUCAAAUGGACCAGAUCAGAGAUGCUGUGACUGCGCUAGAUGAUGAGGGUCAACUCCGCUUCACAGACAUUUGGGUCGAGACGAAACCCUUCUUGAUCGCUGUUCCCUGUGUGCUGGCUCUAGGUACGGUACUGCUGGCUGUCGUUUCCUGGAAACUGUACGAUGAGUUCUCCUGGACCAUCUACAAGCAUAUCAGCGCCGACCUUAGGAUGAAGCGACGAUAUCUGGCGUUCCAGAUCUAUAUCGCCCUCUUGAAGUUUGACUUUUUCUUCUUCCUCGGUUUCACAGUCCAGUUUGUCGUCAUUGUUGUCGACAUUCGAGACAUUGAAUUCAAGCUCACUAUUGUGGCCAUUCCUGUAACCAUUCUGAUUCUCAUAAUGGCCGGCUAUUGGACACGAAGGGAGAGCUUGUUUGGCAUGAUUGUUAUUAUCAUCCUCUACUUUGCCGCUCUCGCAUAUUUCCUCUUCAAGCUUGUCCGCAUGUAUCAGCCCGAUCGCGAAAGAGUGUACGUCCCGGCACGGCGAUCGCUCACCACUUUCGCUGUAAUUACUGUGGUCCUCAUUAUUCUCACCAUAAUCAACGCUUGUAUCUGUGCACACAAUUUCAACCGCGGCCUCAAGCCCCACAUUGCUCGGCGAAAGCUAGAAUCGGAAGAGGAAAAGGUGGAUGUGACGGAGAUGCCGAAUCUCUCCCAUGGCCCAGCACCCAACCGGAUGGUGAUUGAUUAG